AUGAAAUCCAUCAUGUGUUGUGAUUAAUCCAGAGUCGGAGCUGCUCUGUAGCCGUUGUCCUGGUGGCUAACAGCGGGUUAGCACCGUUAGCCUGCAGMGGCUAACUCAUUUUCACAUUAAAAGUAGCUUUUAAUCGCAGCUGCAAUGGAAACAACRGCGACGAAAAGACGAGACAACAAAAAAUCCCUGCGGGUUAAAGUCAUCAGCCUGGGGAACGCAGAGGUGGGGAAGAGCUGCAUCAUCAAGCGCUACUGUGAGAAGAGGUUUGUUCCAAAGUACCUGGCAACAAUCGGCAUCGAUUACGGAGUUACGAAAGUUCAGGUCAGAGACAGAGAAAUCAAGGUGAACAUCUUCGACAUGGCWGGACAUCCCUUCUUCUACGAGGUCCGUAACGAGUUCUACAAAGACAGCCAGGGAGUGCUGCUGGUGUACGACGUGGGUCUGAGGGAGAGCUUCGACGCCCUGGACAGCUGGCUGGGGGAGAUGAAGCAGGAGAUGGGCUCUCAGGCCAACAUGGACAGCAUCGUCUUCGUYGUCUGCGCCAACAAGGUGGACCUGACRAAGCGGCGGGUGGUGGAUGAAGGUGAGGGUCGUCUGUGGGCGGAGUCCAGAGGGUUCCACUACUUUGAGACGUCGGCCCAGAGCGGCGAGGGCAUCAACGAGAUGUUCCAGGUAGUCCUGACGUCCUGUGAGCCGCAGAGCUUCCUGAUGGACCGGCUCGGUUCUGUUGGUGUUCUGUUCAUCAGAACCUCACUGAGCUCAGAAAACGUCACGAUUCACCGUGUUUAUAAAGGUUCCCAGCCAGAACCAGAACCAGAACCAGACAGCAUGAUGCUCAGUCAGGACARGAACCAAUCAGGAGACCCCUCCAAUUACCCAUAA